UCAUGCCACAGACGCACCUUCAGACUCUUGUCAUGCUUGGAUUGGUUGUUUCCAACCUCCUGGCGGACUCAGCUCCUCCUGACUGCCUUGCUUCUACACACGUCUGCAGGUCACUGUUGUGCAGAAGUGAGCACACAUUUCACAGCCAGGUCUGCGAAGAUGGAGGAUGCCAGAUAAAGGACUCAAUGAUCUGUAACAUGACCAUCAAAACGGUGCUGGACCAAUUUCCUUCACUCCGGGCGUGUUUGUGUGUGGAGGAGCAGGAGGAGGAGCUUUGUGGCUCGGUACAUGACCUGGCCACACAAUGCCUUCCACAGCCAGCCGCACAGGUGAAGAGGAGCACAAAAGCAGGCUGGGGAGAAAGCGACUUAAAAGACAAUGCAUACGGUUCAAGUGGAACGUGCUCGGAUCAGGUGCGCGCUUGUGUCAGUGAUUCUGUUUGCAACAGACAUCUGGCUCCGGUUCUCCUGGCCUGCGCUGCGGAUCACUGUGUUCCUGAUCAAUGCCGGGGAGCCACACAAGACUUCUAUGCCCAGAUGCCGAUCGGUGUUGCAGAAAUGUUGGCCAUGUGUGACUGCAACUCCUCGGAUCAAAGCUGCAUGCUGAUGAAAUGGAUGCUGCAUAGCGGAGCCUGUGGUCAGGAGACAGAGUUGUGUUUGGAGACAGUGAACCAGUGUGUGACGGACAGCGAGUGCAGAGGUCUGUUUGUGAAUUUCCAAUCCAAAUGCUGGCAUGAAGAGGAUCGUCACUGCACUGACGGCGAGCUGGGUCAAGACUGCUUCACUCACUUGGAUCAAGGUCUCAUUCUUGGGAGUGACAGCGCGUGCAUAGAGGCCUACAUCGCCACGUUAGGAACCCCACUUCAUCACCCUUGUUCAUGCGAGCAGUUGCAAGGGGAGGAUUUGUUGUCAUGCAGCAUGAUUCUGCACAUUUUUCAUGACAGAUCACACUUCAUCAACCCUUUGACAGAAAGCAUUUCUAGUGAACCUCCAGCAGCAGAUGAACCAGAAGAGCAAACAUAUUAUGUUCUGUACACUUGUGCGGCUGUGUUUCCUGUUAUUCUCUGUCUUCUGAUCCUUGCUGUGACGACCAAACUGUGUAUGCGAAGAAAGAAGAAGAGAUUUCAUCCUCCUCAGAAAAGCAACUGUGUUCUCGUACUGUAAAAUCAUUUGAAUCUCUCUGGUAGAUACCCAUCUUCAUGCUCUCUCUGUUUUCUCUGGUGAAUAUAAAUGGAACUAUUGAUCGUACCAUGGUGGUCGAUCUUUUCAUGAAGACUUUUAUUUGGGAAACUGAAGGUAAGCCACAGUAAAAAAAAUAUGCUUGUUGCUUGAAACACAAACACAACCGGAAAUAAACACAUAGUAAUAAGAAGCCUCUAUAUAAUUAUGUGUAACUGUUGUUCUUGUUUGUGCUCUAGAAUCAUUUGAAAUGGCUGGAUUUGUGUUACCUCGUUCACCGGAUUGUUAAGAUGAGCUGAGUUUAUAACACCUACGUCAUCCAUCCUGUCUAUAACGUGUUACUUCCACCCCACUAUGAUCAUAAACACACGGACACAGAGAGAGUUCAAGUGCUUUAUCGCUGCAGACCAAACACUUCAGGGCUCAAACUCCACUUAAGUUUUGCUCACGUGUUUUGAUGUGUCUCCUUGAUACAUUUGCUGCACAACUAGUGAGCACAAUAAAGUUCAUACCUUCAGCUUGUGACAGUAAUAUAUUGGGGGCCAAAUUGUUACAGUGAUUGAGACCCUGCGUUAUCACAGAUGCAGUUAUUCUAGUAUCUACAAUCCUCCGCAGCGAUCCUGAGCAGCAGUUAGCAGACAGCGCUAACAUGUUAGCACAGCGUCAGCAAU